UUCAGGUUGAAUUGAGAUCUAUUUUCAAAAGAGUGAUAUCUAUUAAAUAAAAGUGCGAAGUGUUUCCGAUGAUCUAAAAUGUAGUCGAACCUAGUGCGGUUUGUGCAGAAUGAAGAGAAAAUGAAACUGGCGUUGAACUGAUAAUUAAUUAGAAGUUGCUUAGUUCAUCCUGCGGACACAAUGUUUAUAUUCCUUCUUCUAGUUUCAACCACAGCUCAGGGACUGAUUUUGUCUGGUACUCCGCAGUCCUAUGCCCAGUACAGCAAAUGGUACAUAGCAAUCAAUUCUACCCUAGAGCUUGAGUUUCGAACACGGGGGGAGGACGGACUUCUGGUUUAUAUGGAUGAUGGAGGAUAUUAUGAUUUCUUGGAGAUAAAACUGUCAGGGGGCGGGCUCAGGGUUCGGUUUAACCAAGGAGGCGGCCCGGAGCUCUUCUCUUUAGGAGAAGGACUAGCAGACUUCAACUGGCAUAAGGUUGUUGAAGCUAAGAUAACUAUCAAGAAAUAG